AUGGGACUGAACCUGGCUACUCUCCUUGCACCGCAGGGCGUUACCGUCAACGUGGUUUCGCCGGCCAUGAUCGGAUCGACAGGCAUGAUCCCGGCGCCCAAGGAACGGUCAUGGGCUUCAGAUGCCAGCGCAGAGGCGUUGAGGCAGUCAGAUCCUGGUCUGGCCAUUGCUAGCGGCGUGCCGGUGCAUCGACUGGGAUCUCCGGAAGAAGUAGCCAACGUGGUGGUCAUGUUCGCAAAGACGGGAUACAUGACGGGGCAAGACAUAUUACUAACUGGCGGCCUGAAGUGA